CCGAUGGAGACCUGACCUUGAAUAAUGGCCAUAAAUUUCUCGAUUUGACGAAUUUGCCUGGGUUUGCUUUUUAUUUUUGACAUCUGGUUUUAAAGCAUGCCUACCAAGCGAACUUCUGCCGCCAAAUCGAAGGCAGAAUCAUCUGAUGCGCCAGAAGCGUCUGUUCCUGUCGAACUCAACCCUAAGACUACCUUUUAUGAGUUUGGAGGACCACUCGGAGCUGCUGCUAUGGUGACGUUUCUGCCUCUACUUGUACUCUUUCUUGCAGUUGGAUGUGACAAGACAGGCUAUCCCAGCCAGAAAGUCUUAUCAAUGACCAAAGAUGAUUUCCUAGCCUUGUUCAGCGUCGAAUCACUCCGCGCUCUGAUUGAUCCAUUGGCCAUUGGUGGCUACCUUGCAUACAUUCUCUGGCUCGUUGCAUUCACUCUAACUUUGAAGGGAGACAAAUACCCAGGUUCCAGGCUGAGAAAUGGGAAGGUUUUGAAAUACGAGUGCAAUGGUUUUUCUGUGCUCCUCUCAUUCUUUUCCCUCGCCAUCUACUGCGCAAAGGGCCCUGGUAUUGCACCUGCUAUCUGGGUAUAUGAACAUUGGGUUGGCAUCAAUGUUGCUUCUAUUCUCUUCUCAUUUGCCGUAUCCAUCUGGGCAUACAGUAACAGUUUUGAGCCCGGUGCUCUUUUGGCUCUCGGAGGAAAUACAGGCAAUACCAUCUAUGAUUUCAUGAUUGGCCGCGAACUGAACCCUAGAAUUGGAGACUUGGAUGUCAAGUUCUUUGUUGAACUUCGACCACCGCAGAUGGGAUGGCUUCUUACAAAUAUUUGCAUGGCCAUUACCCAGUAUCAUAAUUUGGGAAGAAUAACUAACAGUAUGGCCUUGGUAGUCAUUUUCGAAGCCUGGUAUUCAAUUGAUUCCAUUUGGAACGAGCCUCUGGUAUUGACGACCAUGGAUAUUACAAAUGAUGGCUUUGGAUUCAUGCUGGCAUUCGGUAAUCUUUGCUGGGUCCCAAUGGUUUACGGCCUUCAAGCUCGCUACCUGGUUGAUUUCCCUCUUGACCUUACCAUUGUCCAAGUUAUCCUUAUUAUUGCCCUUCAGUUGACCGGCUUCUACAUCUUCCGCUCUGCCAAUUCUAUAAAGAACAGCUUCAGAACGAACCCCAAUGACCCUGCGCUCAAAGAUAUCACGUAUAUCGAAACCAAGGCCGGAACCCGCCUUAUGACCAACAGCUGGUGGGGAUACUCUCGUCACAUCAACUACUUUGGUGACUUGUUGAUGGCCCUUUCAUGGUGUCUUCCAACUGGUUUCUCAUCUCCCAUCCCUUACCUUUAUUUCUUCUACUUUGCUUUCCUACUUUGGCAUAGACAAGGUCGUGACGAGCACAAGUGUCGUCAAAAGUAUGGUGAGGAUUGGGUCAGAUAUUGCAAGAUUGUGCCAUACAAAAUCAUUCCUGGCAUUUACUGAUGUUCUCAUAUAGUCAACUACCAUAGUUUAUUUUUUUUCACGCCUAGUACUUUCAAUAAAAGCAAGAAAAUUGCAUAAAUGUCUGCUGGUCCGGAAUU